GCUGGUCACGCCUUGAUUUUAUUUCAUGUUAUUUUUAAAAGGUUAUCUUCGUCUAUAUCUCUGUGGGUUUGCAUUUUUUCACAUUUGAGAUAUGUGUUUGUUUUUAAAAUCUCUUGUCAAAAAUAUUAAUUUGUGGUUUCUAUAAUCCAUAAUUAAAAGAGGAUCCAAAAAUGUGAAAAAUAAAUGUAUGUAUGAAUGCAUUUUAUAAUGUAAAUCCCAUGUUUAUAGCUGUGGAUCUGUUUCAUUCUCAUCGAACAUACUUCUUCACGUCAACAUUUUAAAGGGCAAGUUCACAUUCAAGUGUGUCUCAAAACAGUGGUCACGUGUACAUUAAACUGAACAUUUCUUGUGUUCAUACAGACCCUUUAUAAUGGGCUUGAAGGGUUAAUAAGUCUCUAACAGACUAAUACACACUGUAUAUUCCAGCGUCACAAGCAGAGUUUCAGGGGCAGGAUUACACCCCAAGCAUGCAAUUAUAGCAUCUCUGAAAACUUUCCCUGGCACUGCAGCUGUACCACCCUGUCAUCACCAUUCUUGUGCAUUUCAGUUGUCUCAAUACUUGCUCUUGUGAUUUUAUUCUUUUUGUUAGGGUUGGUGGAUUCAACGUCUGUUUUCCAUCUGUUCUCUCCCAUGUUCUCCCCUCACUCUGGUGUUAAGCGUUUGUCCAAAGUCUGUCUGUGUGUCAUUAGCUGGCUGAGACUGACCCACUUCUUCAUUCCCACCAACCCUGCUACUCAGCUGCAGAUCAUCACAGUUGAAAGCCACCUCCUACCUUCCACUUAGCUAGUGUGUUUUUGAACCCUGGUGUGGUAAAAGGCCACAGCUGAUUCUUUGCCUUGCCUCAGAUUCUAGUUAGUUUUGUCUUUGCUGAACCUGUUGAUUUUCCCUUGCCUGUCUCUCCUGUGCUGCAGAUCUGCCAGACCAUCAUGUUUCUGUCCAGCCACUCAUCCAGCUCAGCCUUUGCCAUGGAUAGCACCUUCCAGUACCCCCCAUAGCACCCACCCAGCUUCCUGGCCAUAGCAAGACGGAAAUCAGUUUCCUUCGGCCAUAUAACAAUCUCUGCCUUGAGCCUGACCCCUCUCCCUCAGUGCACAGACUUUGCCUGGCCUGUACAGUGUAGUUUUAGCCCUUAAAUGUAAAGUAUCACCUAAACUGAUGUGCAUCAGCCAUGAACAGUCAACAAAUGCAGAUACUUUGAACUGUUUAGUAGGGGGUGGUGCCUCAGCACUAGGCCACUGAACUGUCAAAAGUGUAUCUACAGUGUAGAAGCAGAGUUAGGAGAGUGUACUGUAUUCAUUAACAUUCAAUAAAAGCAGACAUGGAGCUCGGGUCAGUGGUUAGUGCUGUGAGGAGUAAGAGGGUUCUAAUUGGCAAUGAUGUCCGUCCUGCUGUUGUCAUCAUAAAGGAUGGGAAAAUCCACCAAAUACUCUCAGAGAGCAACUUUUCUGUUGGUGUUGGCUGUGAGGUGUUGGAUGUGGGUGACAGUGUGGUGAUGCCAGGCAUUGUAGAUAGCCAUGUUCAUGUCAAUGAACCAGGACGCACCUCCUGGGAGGGUUUCUGGACCGCCACCAAGGCUGCCGCAGCUGGAGGGGUGACAACUAUUGUUGACAUGCCGCUAAAUAGCAUCCCUCCAACCACCACACUUGGCAAUUUUCAUGAGAAGCUGCGGGAGGCAACGGGGAAGUGCUUUGUGGACACAGCUUUCUGGGGAGGAGUGAUUCCUGGCAAUCAGUUAGAACUUCAGCCCAUGAUCCAUGCCGGAGUGGCUGGCUUCAAAUGUUUCCUCAUCCAUAGUGGGGUGGAGGAGUUUCCCCAUGUGACUAACUGUGAUCUACAUGCAGCCAUGAAGCAGCUGCAAGGCACAGGAAGUGUCCUGCUGUUUCACGCAGAGUUAGAUGUUCAGCAGACAACAGAGGAAAGUGGUGACCCUUCUCAGUACUCCACCUUUCUGGAGUCCAGACCAGAUGUCAUGGAAGUAGAGGCUAUUCGUACAGUCACAGAGCUCUGCCUGCAGUACCAGGUGCGGUGCCAUAUAGUUCACUUGUCUUCUGCAAAGCCACUGAAACUGAUCCAAAAGGCGCGGCAGGCUGGAGCCCCCUUGACGGUGGAGACGACCCACCACUACCUCAGCCUGUGUGCAGAGAACAUACCUGCAGGGGCCACACAGUUCAAAUGCUGUCCCCCCAUCAGAGGAUCUAAUAACCAGGAGCAGUUAUGGUCAGCACUGAAAGCUGGGCAGAUUGACAUGGUGGUGUCUGAUCACUCUCCCUGCACCCCUGAUCUGAAGAAACUGGAUACCGGAGACUUCAGUCAGGCCUGGGGAGGAAUUUCUUCACUACAAUUUGGUUUGCCUCUGUUCUGGAGUUCAGCCAAGAAGAGGGGCUUUCAGCUGUCUGAUGUGGUGAGGCUUCUCAGCCGGAAAACCGCCCAGCUCUGUGGUCUUGACAACCAGAAGGGCAGCCUUGGCCCCGGCUAUGAUGCCGACCUGGUUAUAUGGGACCCAGAGAGAGAAUUUGAGAUUCAAGAGGGGAGCAUACAUCACAAAAACAAGAUAACUCCUUACCUCGGCAUCACGCUGCAGGGAGUGGUGUAUGCCACCAUCCUCAGAGGACGGCUGGUGUAUAAAGAAGGUUCCUUUUGCCCUGAGCCUCUGGGGAAACAUCUCCUCAUCCCUCAGAGGAAAAAUCAAGCCCAGCUAUGAAGCAUUACGAUCAUUUCUCUCACAUCUGAUGAAUGCUUUUCACUAUGUUUUGCUAUCUCAUUUCAUUUGCAAUAGAACUGGGAACACCU